AUGGCAAGGAAAAAGGCAGACGAGAGUGGUGCUUCAUCAAAGAGUAAGCCAAGUGGCAAAGAUGCUGCCAAGGAUGGAAAGAAAGAGAAGCUCUCUGUCUCAGCCAUGCUUGCUAGCAUGGAUCAGAAACCUGGUAACGCUAAGAAAGGAUCCACAUCCUCAGGCUCUAGUUCCAAUAAGCCCAAGCCUAAGGUAGCUGCAAAACCAUCUUAUAUUGACGGCAUUGAUCUCCCUCCUUCUGAUGAAGAGGACGAUGAUUAUGCCUCUGAAGAUGAGCACCAGGAGAGAGAGAAUUUAAGUCGUCAGCAGAGGAGCGAAGCUAAGGCUCUUGACAUCUCUGUAACUGACAAAGAGUUGAAGAAGCGGGAGAAGAAGGAUAUGCUGGUUGCUCAAGCUGCUGCAAUAGCCAAACAGGAGGCUCUUAGGGAUGAUCGAGAUGCCUUCACUGUUGUCAUUGGCAGCCGUGCCUCUGUUCUUGAUGGUGAAAAUGAAGCUGAUGCCAACGUGAAGGAUAUAACCAUAGAUAAUUUCUCUGUAUCAGCUCGGGGAAAAGAACUCUUCAAGAAUGCAUCUGUGAAGAUAUCUCAUGGAAGAGAUGUGCUACUGGUUGAACAAGAGGUAAUUGGUGAUGAUAAAACUGCCCUUGAAGCAGUUGUUUCAGCUAAUGAGGAGCUUGUCAAGCUUCGACAAGAGGUUGCAGCCUUGCAAGAUGCUACUUCUGCUGCUGGUGCUGAGGAUGGAAAUGAUGAUGGUAAUGAGGAUGAUGCUGGAGAGAAGCUUGCUGAAUUAUAUGAAAGAUUAGAGCUGAUUGGGUCAGAUGCUGCCGAGGCUCAGGCUUCAAAGAUUCUUGCAGGGCUGGGUUUCACCAAGGACAUGCAGGGCCGCCCAACAAAGUCUUUUAGUGGUGGAUGGAGAAUGAGAAUUUCUUUGGCUAGGGCGCUUUUUGUGCAGCCAACUUUGUUGCUGUUGGAUGAGCCGACCAAUCAUCUUGAUCUGAGAGCUGUUCUCUGGUUAGAGGAAUACUUGUGCCGCUGGAAGAAGACUCUAGUCGUCGUCUCGCAUGACAGAGAUUUUCUUAAUACGGUUUGCAAUGAGAUUAUUCACCUCCAUGACCUCAAACUUCACGUAUACAGAGGGAAUUUUGAUGAUUUUGAAAGUGGCUAUGAACAGCGCAGGAAAGAGAUGAACAAGAAGUAUGAGAUUUUUGAAAAGCAGAUGAAAGCAGCCAAGAGGAGUGGGAAUCGAGUUCAGCAAGAGAAAGUCAAGGAUCGGGCAAAAGCUGCUGCCAGCAAAGAAGCAUCAAAGCAUAAGGGGAAGGGCAAGCUUAUUGAAGUGAGCUUUAGCUAUCCGAGUAGAGCGGAUUUCAGGCUCUCUAAUGUUGAUGUUGGUAUUGACAUGGGAACUCGUGUUGCUAUAGUUGGACCAAAUGGAGCAGGGAAAUCCACCUUGCUAAACCUUCUUGCUGGUGACUUGGUUCCAAGUGAAGGAGAAGUACGAAGGAGUCAGAAGUUGAGGAUUGGGAGAUAUUCACAACACUUUGUUGAUCUGUUGACAAUGGAUGAAACACCAGUUCAAUAUCUUCUGCGACUUCAUCCAGACCAAGAGGGACUUAGUAAGCAAGAGGCUGUCCGAGCAAAGCUUGGAAAAUUUGGUCUCCCUAGCCAUAACCACUUGACCCCCAUUGCAAAGUUAUCUGGGGGACAGAAGGCUCGGGUUGUCUUCACUUCCAUUUCCAUGUCAAGGCCGCAUAUUUUGCUGCUGGAUGAGCCCACAAAUCAUUUGGAUAUGCAAAGUAUUGAUGCUCUUGCUGAUGCACUUGAUGAGUUCAGCGGUGGAGUUGUUCUUGUUAGUCAUGAUUCUAGACUAAUAUCACGUGUUUGUGAUGAUGAGGAGAGGAGCCAGAUUUGGGUAGUGGAGAAUGGAACUGUUAUGACUUUCCCUGGUAAUUUUGAGGAAUACAAGGAAGAGUUGCUAAAAGAAAUCAGAGCAGAAGUUGACGAUUGA